CAUCAUCACGAAGUACAUUCACAUCAUUGUAAUGAAUGUAACCGCACUUUCCCGUCCGACUUAUAUCUCAACCUACACUUUUCCGAACACCAUAAUCCCAUCAUGGACGAGAAAAGAAACAGAGGAGAAAAGACGUAUGGUUGCUUGGUCGAAAAUUGCAUUCGCGUAUGUUCAACGCCACAAAAGCGCCGCUUACAUGUCAUCGAUGCCCAUCACUUUCCUAGGGACUAUGACUUCUGGGUGAUCAAAUGGGGUACACCAAAAGGAUUUUUGCCAAAAGGCCUGAAACCCUCCAAAUCUGCUAUAGCGUCCAAGACAACAGACACAGAGGGCGACCACGGAAUGGUCGACACUGCGGCAGAUAGAACUGAUGAACAAGACAAGUCGCACGAUCCAAAGGCCGAUGAUGAGGUUAUAGGAAGUUCUUCUGAAGCCGAUGAAGAAAUUGGCGAAGUUACGACGCCAGUAGAAGUGACAAGAGAUAGAAAGCUGAAGCUGAAUCUAAGAUUCGGGCACGGUGCAAAGCCCACAUUUAGAAGAUAAAUGAGGUCGCCAGCAAACCUUUCGUCCGUAGAAAUCUGCUUCACUAUUGCAGGCUCCGCGAUACCAAGCCAAGUGCCCAUGUACUUCAUGCCAAAUACUGCAUACAUUAUCGACAACGGAGAGUGCGGUAACUUAUCACACAGCUGGCUUACUUUGACAUCUCCAUGAAGCUUGUCCCUGUGACUAUAAUUACACAGCAUCAUAAUCAACAAGUUUAUAAACAACUGAAUAGGUGCUUAACCAAGGCAUGCCAUCUCUCAGGCUUCUUGAACGUACGAAGGUACUGUACUAUAAGCGUGCUUUGUUUCAAAGUAUACAGGAAUUCUUUUAGCAGUUCUUCAGCCCAGAAGACCUAAUUAUUGGGUAUCUAGCAGAUGCUCUGAACAUUACUUCCUCGAACGAACUUCUAUUUAUUGUAUCCAGUAGUAUUUGUACAUAUCCUUUGAUCUCAAUAACGGUUGCU